GCCUUUGCCUCAAUGAACAACAAUCAGAUUGUUGCUAAGGAUCUCCAGGAUGAGAAAAUUCUCUACCCAGAGUUCAACAAACUAAAGGAGAGGUGUGUUCAUAUUGGAUGUGGGGGUGGUAUUUUCAGAUUUCACAGGUAUAAGAUAACAGUCUAUUUCUCUUGUUACUCUUCAACUUUCCUCUAUUUCUUCCAGUCCUAGCUUCCUCUCAAAUAGGGGUCCAGAGCACCCCCAACUUGAGAACUCCUUGUCCCAGACACCUUGAGCUCUUUCCUGCCUCCUUACUUUUGUAUUUGCUGUUGCCUCUGCCUGGAAUGUGCUUCUCUCUCUUCUCUGCCUGGCAAAACCCAACUCAACUUUUGAACCUAGUUGUGAGGAUUUUAGUUAUUAUUGCGGUUAAAGUGGGCCUACACAUCCCUAAUGCUCAACAAAUGCUCAUGUUUUUAUUACCAUUUAUUAGCUAUGAGCUACUCCAGGGAAGGGGCAGUGUCUGCUGUGUCGUCGUAUCCCCAGUGGCUAGGUCAGUGUCUCACACGGGGUUGGUGCUCAGUAAGUGUUUGCUUACAUUUUCCUCUCUCCAGAACUCCUGGGAUCUCUCCGUACCCAAGGGAAGGCUUGUUACUGCAUUAAUGGUUGCAGGGAUGGGCAGGGAAAAAGUUCUAUGCCACUAGAUUAUAAGCUCCCUGAAAAUGGGGAGCUUAUCUGUGUUGUUCUCUGUUCUAAAGUGCCUAAAGCAGUAAAUGGCACAUAGACAUCGCUCAAUAAAUAUUUGUUGAAUAGGAAAAAGAGAAACAUUUUAGACUACUCUUUUUUUGGAAGCAUCAUGGGGACAUGUGCGAGUUUGGCAGACUUUGUGCAACCUUGGAGUUGUUGGGCUGUGAUGGCCCUUGGGUUGAUUGUUCUUUCUUUCUUUCUCUGUCCUGUGCUCAUUUCUCUCCUAACAUCACCUUCCUCCUUUUCCUUCCCUUACCUCCCAUCUCUCCUGUUUCCUGUUUUUCUUCCAUGGAGCAAAACAAAAGAAUGUGGCAGCAGCUGCCCACUGGAGUGGAGGACCCAGCUCAUCAACCCUCUCUCCCACAUCGUAGGAACAGAGAGCUGAAAACACUGCUGUCCAUCGGCGGGUGGAACUUUGGCACCUCAAGGUUCACCACUAUGUUGUCCACAUUUGCCAACCGUGAAAAGUUUAUUGCUUCAGUUAUAUCCCUUCUGAGGACACAUGACUUUGAUGGUCUUGAUCUUUUCUUCUUAUAUCCUGGACUAAGAGGCAGCCCCAUGCAUGACCGGUGGACUUUUCUCUUCUUAAUUGAAGAGCUCCUGUUUGCCUUCCGGAAGGAGGCACUGCUCACCAUGCGCCCAAGGCUGCUGCUGUCUGCUGCUGUUUCUGGGGUCCCACACAUCGUCCAAACAUCCUAUGAUGUGCGCUUUCUAGGAAGACUCCUGGAUUUCAUCAAUGUCUUGUCUUAUGACUUACAUGGAAGUUGGGAAAAGUUCACAGGACAUAAUAGCCCCCUGUUCUCUCUGCCUGAAGACCCCAAAUCUUCGGCAUAUGCUAUGAAUUACUGGAGAAAGCUUGGGGCACCCUCAGAGAAGCUCAUCAUGGGGAUCCCCACCUAUGGACGCACGUUUCGCCUCCUCAAAGCCUCUAAGAAUGGGUUGCAGGCCACAGCGAUCGGACCAGCAUCUCCAGGGAAGUACACCAAGCAAGCAGGCUUCUUGGCUUAUUUUGAGAUUUGUUCCUUUGUCUGGGGAGCGAAGAAGCACUGGAUUGAUUAUCAGUAUGUCCCAUAUGCCAACAAGGGGAAAGAGUGGGUUGGCUAUGACGAUGCCAUCAGCUUCAGUUACAAGGCGUGGUUUAUAAGGCGAGAGCAUUUUGGGGGGGCCAUGGUGUGGACAUUGGACAUGGAUGACGUCAGGGGCACUUUCUGUGGCACUGGCCCUUUCCCCCUUGUCUACGUAUUGAAUGAUAUCCUGGUUCGGGCUGAGUUCAGUUCAACUUCUUUACCACAAUUUUGGCUGUCAUCUGCUAUGAAUUCUUCAAGCACUGACCCUGAAAGGCCGGCUGUGACCAAGGCAUGGACCACUGAUAUUAAGAUUUUGCCCCCAGGAGGAGAGGCUGGGGUCACUGAGAUCCAUGGAAAAUGUGAAAAUAUGACUAUAACUCCUAGAGUUACAAUUGUGACCCCUACAAAGGAAACUGUAUCCCAUGGAAAGCACACUGUAGCUCUAGGAGAGAAGACUGAGAUCACUGGGCCAACGACCAUGACUUCUGUGGGUCAUCAGUCCAUGACCCCUGGAGAGAAGGCCCUGACCCCUGUGGGUCACCAGUCUGAGCUCCCUGGGAAGAAGACCCUGACCCCUGUGGGUCAUCAAUCUGUGACCACUGGACAGAAGACCCUGAUCUCUGUGGGUUAUCACUCUGUGACCCCUGGGGAAAAGACCCUGACCCCUGUGGGUCAUCCAUCUGUGACCCCUGUGAGUCAUCAGUCUGUGAGCCCUGGAGGAAUGACUAUGACCCCUGUCCAUUUUCAGACCGAGACCCUUAGACAGAAUACAAUGGCCCCUAGAAGGAAGGCUGUAGCCCCUGAAAAGGUGACUGUCCCCUCCAGAAAGAUAUCAGUCACCCCUGAAGGGCAGACUGUGCCUUUAAGAGGGGAGUAUUUGACUUCUGAGGUGGGUACUCACCCCCAGGAUGGAUAACUUGGGUCUUUAGAGGGAAGCUGGAAACAGGAUGAUGCUGUCCUCCAGCCCUGUCAUCCAGCUCCCAGAACAUACUCCUCAAGCUUUUGACAACCACUUUGUUCCUGUCUAUGGAAACCAUUCCUCUGUCAACUCAGUAACCCCUCAAACAAGUCCUCUUUCUCUAAAAAAAGAAAUCCCAGAAAACUCUGCUCUGGAUCAAGGAGCCUAAGCCCUGCUGGUGUCAGAAACCAGGGAAAACCCUUGUCUUUUCUUCUAAGUGACAUGCUUCCUCAUCCUGGAGCAAAGCAGGCAUCAAAACCACAAUCGGUCAAUCUCUUUUCCAUUAAAUAAACUGUAAACACAAGAACCCA